GAAUGACGUAUAUGUACGGGCAGGCACGAUCAUCCACCACGGUAGCUGCUGCCAUCGAUAUCGACGACGACGGCGGCAUAAAGUUUCACCAGCCGCGGAGAACAAGCCAGGAUACGCGCGCGCUACUGCUAAGACUUUCCAGAAGGCCGUAAUGACGGAUGGUGGUUGGCGUAUCUGACCAUACCGUACGUCCAGAAACCAGCCCCAAAAAAGUCGUAAUUAUGAAUAAUGAUACUGCUUGAAGCGCCUUUAUGCCGCGAGAGGACAUUUUGCUGCCAGCUGUCCCGAAGAGAAUCAGUUGGCGGAGGGCAUAUGAUACUCAUCAGGCGGGGACUGGUCAUGGCGGCGAGCAGAUACAUUCGCAUGUGGAUGUAAUUCUGGUCAGAUGCAUGUAAAAAGUCCCUCCUACCGUGGUGUUAGUACAAGCUCAAGGAGGGAAGAAGAUCCUAAAGAAAUCUGCUGUUUGUUGUUCUGUAUACACUACACUCUCUCUCUGCUGCCACCGCCGCUGUCUGUCGGUGCCGAGGUGGGCGCUGCUGUACGGAUGCUGUCGUCGGCGGGCGCUGUUCUACGGUUAGCGCGCCACCAUAGCUUCAAAAGCUUGAUCGAUCGAAAUCAGGUCUCUGUCUUCAUUCUGUCUAGAAUGGUGGCUGUGGCGUGGACGUCAGUUGUAGGCAUCUCCCUUACUCGAGGCGCAUUUGGCGCGCAGGCGACGUCGAUCUCCGCUGCUCGCGCCAUGACCUCAUCUUCUCCUCCAUCGCCAUCGCCAUCGCCAUCGCCGUUUUCUCCUGCCAUGAACGUGAAUCGGACCCCAUUAAAGCCUUGCUGUAUGAACCCUCGCACAGGCUUUUAUAGAAAUGGGUUCUGCGAGACGGGUGCUCAAGACUUCGGCACUCACACUGUUUGUGCGCAAGUAACUAGAGAGUUCCUUGAAUAUACACGUUCUCUAGGUAACGACCUGAUGACUCCGCGGCCCGAGUACUCUUUCCCCGGACUCAAGCCGGGGGACAAGUGGUGUCUGUGUGCAUCGCGAUGGCGGGAAGCUAUGGCCGCCGGGGUGGCGCCGCCAGUCGAUCUCGACGCAACGCACGCGAGGACUCUCGAGUAUGUGACGAAAGCUGAGCUGGAGGCGCACUCGGUUUCUCUUGCCGCCAAGACGUCGGCGUCGACGGGCGCUGCGCCACGUGGCGGCGCGGCGGCGGGAUCCCAGCAGCCUGGAUUCUUGGACGGCGAUGGCCGGCGAACCGAUCUCCUAGAUGAUGCCGACGGUCCCGAUCGCUUCGGUACGGUAAUCAGGCGGGACUGAGUGUCAGCGUGCGUGACGGCUGGGAUCCCAGCCGCCGAGCAAUGGUGGCCGUCCCGACUUGUUGGCAGAUCUAAGCUGAGCUGGAAGCGCAUUCCGUCUGCAGUCGUCGUCGUCGUCGUCGGUUGGCGCUGCGCCACGUGGCGGUGCGACGGGAUCCCAGCAGCCUGGCGCCUUUGGACGGCGAUGGCCGGGGAACCGAUCUCCUAUAGAUGAUGCCGACGGUCCCGAUCGCUCCGGUACGGUAAUCAGGCGGGACUGAGUGUCAGCGUGCGUGAAGGCUGGGAUCCCAGCCGCCGAGCAAAUGGCGGUGGUCCCAACUGACCGAUCUCUUUUGGCUGGCGAUGGCCGACGGACAGUUGUGGGAGCAGCAGUUCCUGCAGCAGACAGGCGUUCUGACAUUGCAGGUUUCUUACUGAUUGAUUAUGGGAAUGGUUGAUGACAACCAUGAGCCGCGUGGAACGUACCUUACCUCGACAGACGGCCAGGUGCAGGCCAUGCACCUUGGCGCACCGUGAAGGCAAGAGCAGUUUUAAACGCCCUAUUUGCCGCGCCAAAUGUUUCCGCCGCUGUGGGUUAUCUGUGUCAUCUUCUCCAUUAAUUGUUACUGUACUAUAUCGGCUAUGAAAGGUAAACGAACACGAUGUGUAUAAUCAAUCCUGUGUGCUAAUCAGGGGACUUGAAUCCGCGAUCCCGGCAGCCAUGGUGUGAAGGCCACAGAGAGAGAGAUAGAGAGAAAGAGAGAAAGAGAGAGAGAAAGGACGUGGGGGAAGACGGGAGAGUGCGGGGAGAGAGAGAGAGAGAGAGAGAGAGAGAGAGAGAGAGAGAUAGAGAGAGAUGGGGAAACAGUCGACGAGGCUUUCACUUUGGAGGGACUGAAGACGACGUGGCGAAAGCUGAGGUACGUGUCCAGACUGACGUGGAUCUCUGUUGCCUCGUCAGUCUCGCUCCUGCCACGUGUCUUCUUCCAGAUGACCCCACGUCCUUGCAGGUAGGUAGGUGGUUUUUGAUCUGCUGCGCAUUGCUCACGCGGACGUCUGACAACGACCCCGGAGUGAAGUCUUCUGCUUUGUCAUCGCUUUUUUAUUUUUUAAUAACCUUUUUUUAUCUUUAUUAUUAUUUAAUAUAACCUUUUCGUCAACUCAGGACUCUUCCCUUACAUGAUGUACGUUCUUGUCACUUUCAGCCUUCCGUCUUGUCAUUAUUUUUUUGCAAUCCUUUUUUUUUUCUUUUCAUCACGUUAGUCUCUCGUCUAGCGAUGUUCAGCCAGUUAUUCGCGUAUGUUAUAUGACGGCCUGCUGCUGGCUGCCGCUGCUGCCGCUGCUGCAUUAGGUUUACUUAGCGGAUACGGCUCGCUUUCCCCUUCCAUUGAGUAAAUCUACGGUGGGUAUGGUCGUUGCAAAAAUAUAUUAUAUUAUUAUAUUCUAUAUAAUAGCGAUAAACUCAUGGCAGUGAGGUCGUUUCUACAGGCUUCUUCCCCCGCACACAACGCACCCUCAUCAUGAGAUUUUAUCAACGCGAUAGAUAGCUUGUACACAUUCACGAUAAGUAGCAGGUAGCAGCGAAGGGCGGCGAGGAAAUGAAAUGACGGCUGAAGAACGGUGUAUAAAACUUUAGAAAGU